AUGAUAGAACAGGUCAUCUCCUUCACCAAAGAUCUCCUGGCCAGUGGCAUUGCCGCUGCCAUGCCCAAGACUUCGGUGGUCCCCAGUCAGAGAGUUAAGCUAGUAUUGCAGGUGCAGCAUGCAAGUAAAGAAAUUGCUGCCGAUAAGCAGUACAAAGGCAUAAGGGCUUGUAUAGUCCGAAUUCCAAAGGAACAAGGGGUGCUUUCCUUCUGGAACUUAGGAAAUGUCAUCAGAUAUCUCCCCACCCAGGUCCUUAACUUUGCCUUUAAGGAUAAGUGUAAGCAGGUGUUUUUGGGAGGAGUGGACAAGCACACACAGUUUAGGAGGUAUUUUGCUGGCAAUCUUGCCUCUGGUGGUGCAGCUGGAGCUACUUCUCUCUGCUUUGUCUACCCCUUGGAUUUUGCGAGAACCCGCUUGGCAGCUGAUGUUGGGAAAUCUUGCACUGAGAGAGACUGCCUUGUGAAAAUCACCAAGUCUGAUGGAACUCGUGGCUUGUAUCAAGAUUUCAGUGUCUCAGUACAGGGUGUCAUUACCUAUAGAGCUGCUUACUUUGGAAUCUGUGAUACAGCAAAAGGCAUGCUCCCAGAUCUGAAGAACUCAUACUGUGGUAAGCUGGAGAUUGUGCAAUCAGUGACUGCUGUAGCAGGUGUGGUCUCCUAUCCUUUUGACACAGUAAGGCGGCCAAUGAUGAUGCAGUCUGGGUGCAGAGGAGCUGAUACCAUGUACACUGGGACACCUGACUGCUGGAAUAAGAUUUCUAAAGAUGAGUGUGGCAAAGUUUUCUUCAAGGGUGCCUGGUCCAAUGUUCUCAGAGGCAUGGGUGGAACUUUAGUGCUUGUCCUGUAUGAUGAAUUGAAGAAAGUCAUCUAA